AUGUGGAAUAUUCUACAUAGCACAGCACCCCCAACAUUCCCACUCAGCUGCAGAACAAGCACCCCAACAUUCCCAAUCUGCUGCAGAACACACAUCCCAACAUUCCCACUCUGCUGCAGAACAAGCACCCCCAACAUUCCCACUCAGCUGCAGAACAAGCACCCCAACAUUCCCACUCUGCUGCAGAACAAGCACCCCAACAUUCCCACUCUGCCGCAGAACACACAUCCCAACAUUCCCACUCUGCUGCAGAACAAGCACCCCAACAUUCCCACUCUGCUGCAGAACAAGCACCCCAACAUUCCCACUCUGCUGCAGAACAAGCCCCCCAACAUUCCCACUCUGCUGCAGAACAAGCACCCCAACAUUCCCACUCUGCUGCAGAACAAGCACCCCAACAUUCCCACUCUGCUGCAGAACAAGCACCCCAACAUUCCCACUCUGCUGCAGAACAAGCACCCCAACAUUCCCACUCUGCCGCAGAACACACAUCCCAACAUUCCCACUCUGCUGCAGAACAAGCACCCCAACAUUCCCACUCUGCUGCAGAACAAGCUACCCAACAUUCCCACUCUGCCGCAGAACACACAUCCCAACAUUCCCACUCUGCUGCAGAACAAGCACCCCAACAUACCCACCCAGCUGCAGAAUAAGCACCCCAACAUUCCCACUCUGCUGCAGAACAAGCACCCCAACAUUCCUACUCUGCUGCAGAACAAGCACCCCAACAUUCCCACUCUGCUGCAGAACAAGCACCCCAACAUUCCCACUCUGCUGCAGAACAAGCACCCCAACAUUCCCAAUCUGCUUCAGAACACACAUCCCAACAUUCUCACUCUGCUGCAGAACAAGCACCCCAACAUACCCACCCAGCUGCAGAAUAAGCACCCCAACAUGCCCACCCAGCUGCAGAACAAGCACCCCAACAUUCCCACUCUGCUUCAGAACAAGCACCUCAAAAUUCUGACUCAGCUGCAGAACAGUCACCCCAAAGCAGGGCCGGAUUAA